UGUGACGCUUUGUAGUGUGGAAAUUGGCUUUGGGAUAUAAGACUCGCAUUACAAGCCUUUCUAUCGAGUUUCCACAAGGCCAAUCCAUCUUCUUCUCUCACCUUAACUGCUCAGUCGGUCCACUAGCUGCAGCUGCCGUUGGCUUCGCUGGCACCACGCUACGCCAUUUGUUGCCUGACCCCUUCCGGAACAAACAAUCAUAACAGAGACAACAAUACGUCAUCAGCACGCGUAUAGAUACCUCAACUACAGCAGUCCUAUUCGACAACGAAACCACCAUCCACAAACAUGGGUUUCUUCAACAAGCGCAACACGACGCCUGUCGCCGCAGACACCACUACCGCAACCGGUGCUCACGAGAAGCGCGCCAGGCCUAGACGUGCUUCCAAGGGCGGCUCUUCGUCCUACAACAGCAGGCCUGGCUUUGGAUCAUGGCUCAAGGCUACCUGGCUCGACAUUCUCACCAUGGCUCUCAUGGGUGCUGUCGGACUCGGUGUAUACUUCGCUGAUCCAGCCCCGAGCCGCAGCUUCCCCAUCAUCUUCCAAGAUGGAGAAAUUGUCUACCCGCAAUUCGCCUACCCUAUGCGCAACGAGAUUGUUCCCAUUUGGGCUGCCGCUCUUAUGGCGUUCUUUAUUCCCUUCGCCGUGUUCCUCAUCGUGCAGAUCCGCGCUCGCAGCUUCUGGGAUCUCAACAACGCUGUCAUCGGACUUCUCUACGCUUUGAUCACUGCAGCCGUUUUCCAAGUCUUCAUCAAGUGGCUCAUUGGAGGCCUUCGCCCUCACUUCCUUGCCGUCUGCAAGCCUGUCAUCCCUGCCGACAUUCUCAACACUGUCGGCGCCAACGACAACGGUGUUGAAGCCGGUAGCGCCUAUGGCAACGUCGCAAAUGGAUACCGUCAGAUCAUGUUCGACCGUAGCAUCUGCACAGGUGACAGGAAAGAGAUCAACGACAGCCUUGAGUCUAUGCCUUCCGGCCACACCACGGCUGCGUUCGCUGGUUUCGUCUACCUCUACCUGUACCUCAACGCUAAGUUGAAGGUCUUUUCCAACCACCACCCGGCUAUGUGGAAGCUCAUCGCUCUCUACGCACCUAUUCUCGGAGCCUGCUUGAUCGGAGGUGCUCUUACCAUUGACGAGUACCACAAUUGGUACGAUAUCCUCGCCGGAGCAGUCAUCGGCACUCUGAUGGCUUUCAGUGCCUACCGUAUGACCUAUGCUUCCGUCUGGGACUUCCGCUUCAACCACAUUCCUCUCAUGCGCCACGCUCCUUUCGUCUACGGCGCCGGCCCAAGCUCUUUCGACGGCUUCCACGACACUGUCUUCACCCGCAAGGCUGGAUGGGGUACAAUUGAGGGAACCAGCUGGGGUGGUGCACCCUUCGAUGCCGCAGAUGGUCCUAGGGGUACCAUGAUGCCUCAUCCUGACGGGCCUGCUCACGGUCACCACGGCAGCGCCUCGAGCCGCGUGCAGAGGAAGCCUGUUGGUGCUGACAGGCACGGUGAGCAGAUGGUGUAAGCAGCUUAUAAUAACGACCUUCUGAGCUAUGUUAGCUUGUGAAGUUAAGUCUGCACACCUGUCUCGUGGUGCGGACGAGAUCAUACUGAGAAGAGCGGGUUCUGCGUUUACUGGGUAGUUCAAGUGAGCGACAUUUAACGAUCAUGAUAGCGAGGCGUUAUUGAGUACAUGAGAUACCAUGACAUUCAAACUAUGAAUAUAGUCUAAUAACAUUCUGCAUUACUUGA